AUGAACCAGCUUCUGCUUUCCUUCUUCGCCCUGGUGGUGAUGAUGCUGGCGCUGGCCCAGGCCGGUACUGACAUCCGCCGCAGCUACGACUACGUCAUUGCGGGCGGUGGCGGCGCCGGAGCCGUGCUCGCGGGCAAGCUGGCCAGGUCGGGCGCCCGAGUGCUUCUUCUCGAGGCCGGCGACAACACCCAGUACGAUCCGAACAUCUACAAUCCGCUGGGCACCUUCGGCGGGUUCAACUCCCGCAGCAACAACAUCGGCCUCUCGAGCGACACCACCUACGUGUGGCCCAACCGCGUGGCUGGCGACCCCGGCCGCUACGGCCUGGCCGACGCGCCUAACAGCGGCAAGGGCCUGGGCGGCGGCACCAGCGUCAAUACAAUGAUCCUGGCCCAUGGCGGCCGGUGGAUGUACGACCUGCCGGCCAAC